CAUCCAGCAUGAAUAAAAGCAAGUUUGUAAAAUGAUUAUAAUCUCCUGAAGCAGAGCCAGCCAUGCAACACGAGCCCAUCUUUCUUAAUUAGUUUGUAUACAGUUCUUGUUUUAACAGAACAAACUUCAGAGGGUACUCACAUGGGACUGCUGAACCAGCUGUACAACUUUUAUUUUGAAGAAGAAAAGUUGAGCCUCAGAACAGGCUGUUUUAAAGACAGGGAGGGACUUAUCCUCUCAGAGCUUGACCAGCAUGUGGAAGGAGAGCUCCCAUGGCUGCACUAACUUAGGGAGUUCCUACCUGGGUGACACUUGGGGCAGGAAGUUUUCUGUUUGUUUUGUUCCUUUCCGGAGUGUCCCGCGCACUUCUCUUGCCCGGAUCAACGUGACUCUUGGUGGUUUUUGCACACCCUGCUCUGUGGGGGAGUGCCCCAACGUGCCUGUCUUAUGUGGCCUCUAUGGACACACUGCUCAGCUGGCAGAGAGCAGGGAAGUUUUCUCCCAGCACCCAAAAAAAGAAAGAGGAAACUACUUUUUCUUUCUGGGCUCCUUGCAGCACAAUAGAUCAGAAUAAGCUUCCACAUUCCCUCCCUGGAUUUUCUGGAGUGGUUUCCAGGAAGAAGUUAAACCUUCACCUUUAAAUGGAUGAGCAUGUCACAAUCAGGAGGAAACAUCUCCAAAAACCCAUCUUUAGACUAAGAUGCUUAGUGAAGCAGCUGGAAAGAGGUGACGUUAACGUCGUUGACUUAAAGAAGAACAUUGAAUAUGCAGCAUCUGUGCUGGAAGCGGUUUAUAUUGAUGAAACAAGAAGGCUGCUGGAUACAGAUGACGAGCUCUGUGACAUUCAGUCUGACGCAGUCCCAUCGGAAGUCCGAGACUGGUUGGCUUCUACCUUUACACGGAAAAUGGGGAUGACAAAAAAGAAACCUGAGGAAAAACCAAAAUUUCGGAGCAUUGUACAUGCUGUUCAAGCUGGAAUUUUUGUGGAAAGGAUGUAUAGAAAAUCCUUUCACCUGGUUGGUUUGGCAUAUCCAGCAGCUGUCAUAGUAACAAUAAAGGAUAUCGAUAAAUGGUCUUUUGAUGUAUUUGCCCUAAAUGAAGCAAGUGGAGAACAUAGUCUGAAGUUUAUGAUCUAUGAACUGUUUACCAGAUAUGAUCUUAUCAACCGUUUCAAGAUUCCUGUUUCCUGCCUAAUUGCCUUUGCAGAAGCUUUAGAAGUUGGUUACAGCAAGUACAAAAAUCCAUAUCACAAUUUGAUUCAUGCAGCUGAUGUCACUCAAACUGUGCAUUACAUAAUGCUUCAUACAGGUAUCAUGCACUGGCUCAAUGAACUGGAAAUUUUAGCAAUGGUCUUUGCUGCUGCCAUUCAUGAUUACGAGCAUACAGGGACCACAAACAACUUUCAUAUUCAGACAAGGUCAGAUGUUGCCAUUUUGUAUAACGAUCGCUCUGUCCUCGAGAAUCACCAUGUGAGUGCAGCUUAUCGACUUAUGCAGGAAGAAGAAAUGAAUAUCUUGGUAAAUUUAUCCAAAGAUGACUGGAGGGAUCUUCGGAACCUAGUGAUUGAAAUGGUUUUAUCUACAGACAUGUCAGGUCAUUUCCAGCAAAUUAAAAAUAUAAGAAACAGUUUGCAGCAGCCUGAAGGGAUUGACAGAGCCAAAACCAUGUCCCUGAUUCUCCACGCAGCAGACAUCAGCCACCCGGCCAAAACCUGGAAGCUACACUACCGGUGGACCAUGGCCCUGAUGGAGGAGUUUUUCUUACAGGGAGAUAAAGAAGCCGAAUUAGGGCUUCCAUUUUCUCCACUUUGUGAUCGGAAGUCAACCAUGGUGGCCCAGUCACAAAUAGGUUUCAUUGAUUUCAUAGUAGAGCCAACAUUUUCUCUUCUGACAGACUCGACGGAGAAAAUUGUUAUUCCUCUUAUAGAGGAAGCUUCAAAAGCGGAAACUUCCCCCUAUGUGGCAAGCAGCUCAACCACCAUUGUGGGGUUACACGCUGCUGAUGUGCUAAGACGAUCAAAUGCAAAAGGCUCCCUGAGUGAUGGGUCCUUUUUCCCAGACUACUCCCUUGCAGCAGUGGACCUGAAGAGCUUCAAAAACAACCUGGUGGACAUCAUUCAGCAGAACAAAGAGAGGUGGAAAGAGUUGGCUUCACAAGGUGAAACUGAUCUUCAUAAGAACUCAGAAGACUUAGUAAAUGCCGAAGAAAAACACGCUGAUACACAUCCAUAGGUCUGAAACACCUUAAUGGCUUCUGUCAUUUUAAACAUGAGAGGAUAAUAAAAGCAGCACGAAAACUUCCUAAAUCCUCAACUUUCCACAAAACUAUAUCUCCUUUUUCAAUGUACAGUUGGAUUGGGCCAUUUUUAUGGACGUCUACAUAAGGAAUUAAGAAGAAUACAAAUUUUGAUCUAGUCACUUUGGCCAAAUAAAUACACUCCAGUUGCUAUCAGAGUUUUUGGCCAGUGCUUCUACCAUUGUUUUUCCUCCACAAUUUGGCCUUCUUCAAUCAAGCCAGAGAAAUUCUUAAGACAAAAGUCAGACAGCUUUAAAUUUUUCUCACUUUGAGCCAGUCAUAGCGACUGUGCAAUACAUGUGCAGAAGAUGAAGCCUUUUUAAAUUUAAUUCCUUGCACUGUCUUACACAGAGUGCUCUAAUUACACAUUGUUCAAGGUCUUAAGUAAAAGGAA